AUGGCUGAAUCCUCCCUCGAACCCCUCGACUUUUACCACUUACUUGAUGAACUUGAAUCUGACAAUAGCGGUUCCUGCGCUAAUGUCAUUCGUAAACUACGAGAACAUGAAGUUGCCGCAUACCAAGCCGGUGUUGGUGGCCCAACAGGUGGAUUGAUUGCUAAUUUCAUCGCCGUUCUCGACGAAAGAGUUGCAGAUAAGGAGUUGGAAAUUGAAAAAGCCUGUAGCCAUAACUAUCAAAGUUUCGUCGACUCAGUUAAAGAGUUAAUGCGUGUAGAGGAAGAGGCUGAAAAACUUCAAAGUACGCUCAGUGAGAUACGUUCCAGUAUGCUGGACGAAGUCCAAAAGUUGAACGAAUCCUUCAUGGCCUUGUCUGCUUCCCAAAGUACUUUGGAGCAGGUUGACCAGUGCAUAGCUGCUCUUCAAAAUAGUUUGCCCGUUCUUGACCAGUAUGAACGUAUCGAAAAAAGCAUUUCAGAUGGACGCUAUUACCACGCACUCAAGACACUGGAGCAUUUGGAAAACUACCAACUAAAGUCAAUUCAAUCCUACACCUUCUCCGCGUGUCUUCAGAAGCGUAUUCCCGAACUGCGAGCGGAAAUAAAGUCUGCCAGCUUAGCUCAAUUGACUGAUUUCCUCGAAGAGAUACGAAAGCACUCCGUCCGCCUGGGAGCAAUAACUAUGCACCGAAUUGCAGAAAAAAUGGGAAUGAGGGACGACUUCAUCGCCGACGGCGCGAAAAGACCGCUUCCCGAGCGUAAAAUUGAUAACGGAUCAAAUUCCGAUGUGGAUGAGUCGCCUAGCAAGGAACCAAGAUCAAGAAAAACCAGUUAG